AUGGCCUGGCUGGGGAAUGCCAGGCAGGACAGCCUGGAUGCAGUGUGGCCUGCCCCUCCCAGAGCCCCCCACCUCCGGGCUGCCACUGCCCCUUUGCCUGUCGUGGCAGGUCGGGGCCAUCCAGACGCAGGCCCUGCAGUGGGAAACGCCAGUGCGGAGCCCCCCGGCCCCACGCCCCCCGAGUGGGGCUGCGCCUGGAGCCCCCCCGAGGAGCACGGCGAGGAGCCCCUGCGGCUGCCCACCUUCUCCCCCGCCGCCCAGGUGCGCGUGGCCGUCACCUUCGCCCUCUUCGCCCUCUCGGCCGGCUGCAACCUGGCGGUGCUGCGGGCAGUGGGGGGCCGGGGCAGCGGCCGGCGCCCCCACAUCCGCCUGCUGCUGCGGCACCUGGCCGCCGCCGACCUGCUGGUCACCGUGGUGGUGAUGCCGCUGGACGCCGUCUGGAACAUCACGCUGCAGUGGCGGGCGGGCGACCUGGCCUGCCGAGUGCUCAUGUACCUGCGGCUGCUGGCCAUGUACGCCUCGGCCUUCGUCACGGUGGUCAUCAGCCUGGACCGGCAGGCGGCCAUCCUGCGCCCGCUGGCCAUCGCCCGCGCCCGGGCCCGCAACCGCGCCAUGCUGCACGCGGCCUGGCUCCUCAGCGCGGGGCUGGCCGUGCCCCAGCUGUUCGUGUUCCACACCAUCACCCUGCGCCCCCCGCACAACUUCACCCAGUGCACGACGCGCGGCAGCUUCCCCCGGCCUUGGCAGGAGACCCUCUACAACAUGGUGGGCUUCGCCUGCCUCUUCCUGCUACCGCUGCUCAUCAUGGUCUGCUGCUACGCCCGCAUCCUGCUGGAGAUCUCCCGCCGCAUGGGCUCCGGCCUCUUCUCCUCGCAGGACGCGUCGCUGCGGUGCUCCAGGAACAACAUCCCCCGAGCCCGGCUGCGGAUGCUGCGGAUGAGCCUGGUCAUCGUCUCCUCCUUCAUCCUCUGCUGGACCCCCUACUACCUGCUGGGGCUCUGGCACUGGUUCUGUCCCCGUGCCAUGGAGAAGAGGAUCUCGCCGGCCCUCACCCACAUUCUCUUCAUCUUUGGCCUCUUCAACGCGUGCCUGGACCCCAUCACGUACGGGCUCUUCACCAUCCCCCUGCGCGGGGGCUGGGGGUGCCCAUGCAGGCACGGCCCCCUGGCCCAGCCCCCCUCCCCAGCCACCGGCUCCUUCCGCUGCUCAGCCUCCUCCCUGCCGCCCGGGCGGGGACUGCAGGAGCUGCGGAGGUCCCGAGGGGCUGCCAGGGACGCCUCCAGUCACAGCAGCUCCCUGUGAGACCAGCGUGACCGCUGGGGCGCUCAGGGCAGGGGCUCUGGCAGCGGGAUAACCGGGUCAGCACAGCUCCAGUGGGGAUGGAGUCACUGAUGAUCUCUCCCCGCACCCUGAAGUGCCUCUGCGGGCUUGGGGCUGGUGGGGGUGCCCCCGUCCCCUCACCCUUCUCUGCCCUGAACAGCAAUAAAGCGUCCUAUGGCCACCCCUCGUCCCUCCCGUGUCCCCUGGCUGGGAGCUGAGCUGGCGUCCCCAGAGGCAGCCCCCUGACCCAUGGGGUCACAUCUGUCCCUGUCCCCACCAUGGAUGGCUCAAGAGUCCCCAAGAAGGGGCAGAUUCGAGGCCAUCCACAGCCUGGCCAGGGCUGGCUGCUCCAUCCCCUUUCAUCCCCGCAGGGCUCUGCGUGCCAGUGGGCACAGGGCUGGUCCGUGCCAGCCAACACCGGGCUGGUGGCAGUCCCGGAGUGCUGCUGAUGUUGGCUCUGCUCCAAACAGGAGCUCCUGGCUGCUGCCCAAGGCUGUCGGGAGGCACACGGGGCCGGUUCUCCUGCCUGCAGCACUGCCCCAAGGCCGGCGCUGACAGCAGAGCCAGCACGGCUGCUGGGGCUCGGAGAGGUGGGCGAGGGCUGGGGGUGCCCGGGCCCCUCACUCUCCCUGCACCAGGACGGAGUGAGGGACAGCCCAGGAGAACUGCCCUGGCAUCCCCCAGCCUCAGGGAAGGGACCACAGAGCUGGGCUCUGCCCGGGGGUCCCCGCUGUGCUGGGGAGGGACGCAGGGCUCCCUUGGUCCUCACUGUGCCGUGGGAACCCCAGCACAACCCCCUGGCAGAGGGCACAGACAGGGCUGCUGCUCUGUGCCAGGAGCAAGCUCAGCUGGCACGGGCAGGGGGGCGAGGCAGGAGGGCAGGCAGAAGCUGUG